AUGGCAGAGGCAUUACCAGGGAAUACAAGCUCUGAUUUUUCUGAUGAGGAAGAGCAAAGUCCAUUGGAAAAAGCCUUCAACAAAGCAUCUGAUCAUGUAAGAAAAAUCACUUCAAAGUUAGAGAAUAAUCAACUUUUAGAGCUAUAUGGACUAUACAAGCAGAGUACUGAAGGGCAAUGUGAUACACCAAAACCGAGUUGGUUUGAUGGUAAAGGUCGAAAGAAAUGGGAAGCUUGGAAAGCACUAGACAAUAUGCCAAGUGAUGAAGCAAAGCAAAAGUAUAUUGAUUUAGUUCAGAAAUAUGACCCUGAAUGUGAACUCAUAUCAGAAAGUGGACCAAAAGAAACAUGGGUAACAGUGUCUUCCUUACAAUUUUCACCCGAACCUGAAUUAAUUGACACUGAACUCUCUAUAAUAGAUGCGGCAAGAGAGGACAUGGGAGAGUUGGUGACCAAACUCUUAUCUAAGAACCCUGAAAUGAAAAAUGAGAGAGAUGAGGAUGGUUUGUCAGCCUUACAUUGGGCAGCAGACAGAGGUGCCAUUUCUGCGUUAACUGCCCUUAUAAAAGGAGGUUUUGAUAUAAACGCUACUGAUAGUUCUAAUCAGACUGCUCUGCAUUAUGCAGUAAGUUGUGGGCAUAUUAAAGCAACACAAAUCUUAGUAGAUUCUGGUGCCUCAUUUCUUAAGGACUCUGAAGGCUGGACUCCAUUGGAUUUAGCAUAUGAUGAUGAAAUAAAGAAAAUUCUUGAAAGUGCUACAAAA